CUUGAGGAUGUUCCUAUUCCAGCAGGCGACUUUCUGUGUCAAUUCAUUGGCGCAUUGGCUGGGAGAUCAGCCCUUUGACGACAGGAACUCGCCUCGCGACCAUAUUUUUACCGCGUUGGUCACACUUGGUGAGGGCUACCAUAACUUCCACCACGAGUUUCCCUCGGAUUAUCGCAACGGCAUUGAGUGGUGGCAAUAUGAUCCCACAAAAUGGGCUAUAUGGAUCUGGUCCAAGUUCCGUCUGGCCUCGAACCUCAAGCGAUUCCGCACCAAUGAGAUUGAGAUGGGCCGUGUGCAACAGAUGCAGAAGAGACUUGAUCAGCGGAUGGCCUCUCUCAAAUGCAGUAUUCCUCCGAGUUAGCUGCCGGUAGUCGACCGGAACCAAUUUGUCGUAGAUGUGCGGAAUGGAAACGUGGUGAUUGCUGUUCCGGCUCUGCACAUGACGCGACAAGAACCGUCUGUUAAAUUCUCAUGGUAAGGGAAUUGCUUUCUCGAAUGUUAGUCAGGGCAUGUACCAUCACUCGUACACAGCUCACAAGCGGAUUUUGACAUUUUCAACUGAGGUACAGCCGCUUUGUAUGUAUUGGUGAGGAGGAAGGGGAGGAGGAAGAGGGAUAAUUUUAAGGGACAUCAUUGCAAUCGGAC